AUGUUGAGCACCGUCAAGAGCGUCGCGAAGCGAUCGGUGUCGAUCCGUGCCUUCUCCUCCAUCGUUCGUGAUGUGCCCAACAGCAUUGAACAAAUCACUGUGGGUCGCCAAGGUGAAGAACUGAAGCUGGCCGAAGAAGGCGUUGAGUUGUUCAACCGCGACCCUAUCGCGUCUGAAGAAAGCCAAGGCAACUCCAAGGACGACCCUAUCCUCGUCCCUUCGUGGAACAGCACCCGCGCGGUCGGUAUCUCGCACAACGACUCCCCUUACAUUGUCUGGUUCAACUUGGAAGAAGGCAAGGUGCACCACGUGCCGCGAUUCAACAAGUAUUUCAAGUUGGACAACAAGAACCCCAACGCCGGCCACCACCACCAUUAG